UUAGAGUUUCGGAAAAUAGUGCUUCAGUCGCUCAACGAAGGUUUAUAGAAAAUGUCGAGUGCAACGCUGAUCGCAUUCUUUUUCUUGGUUGUUUUGACGGGUCAAUCCCUUGGCCAAAAUGUGGCCGUAGAUACAUCAGUUGAUUGGGCCAAUGAGUUGUUUAAAUCCGCUCAAGUUAUUGCCCGGGAAAAGUUACCCCCGACUACUGAAGCUCAAAAUGAUGCCAAAGAUCAACUAGACUAUUUACAAAUGGCUGUAUCUCAUUGUGAAACGGAGUUGAGGACCACUGGAAAUGUCGACAAUCACAAAAUAUGUGUUAAAGCCGUGUUUUCCGCGUUUUAUACUUCUCUGGAUCGCUUGGCCUCUGAGAAUUGGGCCAUUUAUGGAGCCACCUCAGGAGCAUCUCGCAUUGGCUUGUUUUGGUAACUCCAAAAUACCAAAAUAUCACAUGUUCAAAUAAAAAUUAAGAUUCAAAUUCUGUAA